AUGAGAGUCACUACCCCCCUGGGCGUUGCGUCAUCGCUUGUCGUUCAAGUUGCUUCGGCAGCUGGCUCGAACCCUUUUACCGAUGACUUCUCGAAAGUCGUGAAUGAGACACUUGAACGAUGGAAAGUGCCAGGUAUUGCCAUCGCUUUUGUGGACGGGAAUGAGACGUGGGCAGAGGGUUAUGGAUACGCAACGUACCCAACUACACCGGCCACGAACUCUACCCUUUUCUUCGGCGGGAGCACAAGCAAAGCCUUCACGGCCGCUGCGCUUUCUCUUCUGAUAGAUUCGGGGAAGUACGGUUCUCUCGGCUGGACGACGCCCAUCUCGGAACUCAUACGCGAUGAUUUUGUCCUGGAAGACUCCUGGAUAACCCAACACGCAACUCUGGAAGACGCUCUUUCUCAUAGAACUGGGCUGGGCGACCACACUAUGGCCGCGUCCAAGCAUUAUGAGGGACGCCCCGGCACCCUUCGCGACAUCGUCCGCUCUUUGCGGUACCUGCCAUUGGCCGCGGAGCCGAGGACUAAAUUCCUGUAUUGCAACCUCAUGUACAUGACCCUUUCGUAUGUCGUCGAGACGUUGACUUCGCAACGGCUUGGCGAUGUUUUCAAAGAUUGGAUUUGGGAACCUCUGGGCAUGACCAGCACAUACUUGUCAGUCAAAGAUGCCGAGCAGUCCGACAAGGAUCUCGCACACGGCUAUUACUACGACGAGAAGACGAAAACCUACAAAGACGUACCUUGGCCGGACGUGGAAUUGGUCAGUGGAGCGGGUGGCAUCAUCUCCAACGUCCUCGACUACUCUCGCUGGAUCCAAAGCCUCAUCGGCGAGCAACCGCCUUUGAGCAAAGCAGGGCACAAGGCCAUCAAGACUCCCCGUAUGGUUUCGGGAGAGGUGGACGACGUGUUUCUUGACGUGGCGCAGUCGUACGCCCUGGGUUGGCUCACAUCGUCUUACAAGGGCCGUCGUUUGUGGUCGCAUAACGGAGGCAUAGACGGCUUCGGGGCCGAAGUCAUCUUCUUCCCGGACGAGGGCUUCGGCGUCGUCACGCUCGGUAACACGGCUUCGUCGUCCAACGCGGCUGGUCAGAUUCUCUUGUGGCAUCUCAUCGAUGAAAAGCUCGGCGUCGCGCCGGCUGACAGAUUCGAUCAUAACAAAAGGCAAGCCCCUCCUGUCCCGUCGAUGCAAUGGGAGCAGAGCAAGCAGCUCGUCGAGGGAGCGUUCGACGCAGCUCUUGAUCUAGCAUACCCCGAGAGACCCGAGAACCCGCUUCCGCCAACGCUCCCCUCGACAGCGCUGGUCGGGACAUAUUUCCAUCCCGCUUACCAGAACUUGACUCUGACCCUCAAGGAUGGCAGCAACAGCACCCAGGGAAGCUCUGUGGCGAGCCUGGUUGCCUCAACAGAAGACUCUCUUAUUCAAACCCAGUGGGAGUUCGUCCACGUUUCAGGAGACUUUUGGCUGGUGCUCCUGACUUCCCUCGCUCAGCCUGUCAAAUUCGCGAGUCGCUUCGUCCGAGCCGAGUUCUUCGUAGGCGUCAAUGGCAGCGUGGAGGCCCUUGAGAUCGACUGGCUUGAGCAAGGCAUGGUUAAGUUUUCGAAGGUCGCAUGA